AUGGCAUAUUUUAGUCAAAAUUUGAGUGGUGCAGCGUUGGAUUGGUACACCCGCCAGGACAACAGCAGCUGGAACACUUGGGAUGACUUGGCCCAGGCUUUCGCUCGACAUUUCCAGUACAACAUAGAAAUUGUCCCAGAUCGCCUAUCCUUGACUAAGAUAGAGAAAAAGCCCAGUGAGAGUUUCAGGGAGUAUGAAAAGUGUUGGCAUUUGAAGAGCGACAUCCAAGAGCUUAUCUAUACAACCCAAAUUGUGGUCCAGAGCCCGGAAGCUCCAAACAUCAAUCAAAAUCCAUUGCCAGCCCAUGCUGAAACGCACAUGAUUGAGAUAGUGUAUAAAGAUGGGGAGCCCAAGAAGCCUUCGCAGUCUGUCAUGAUGAUCCGUGCCAGUGAAAGUAAUUCAGUCAAAACUCCAAUUGUUACAAAUGCAACAUCCUCGACAGUUGAAGGGCUGACGGACAAGCUAAGCCCGUCCGAUGUUAAGCUGCAUGUAUUAGUUGUGAAAGGGUCCCCAGAUGAUGUUGAAGCGAAGCAAGGAAGCCGAAAGUGGUUGUGUAACACCAAAGCUGUUCCAUGGAAUUACAAACAAGUGAUAGUGACCUAUAAAGGGAAAGAAGUGGAAGAGGAAGUCAAUGAAACCCGAGGGUUGACUCGUUCGGGGAGAUGCUUUACCCCAGAGGAAUUAAGGAAAGCUAAGCCACUCAAAGAUAAUCCAAUUCUAGUGAAGAAGCCAGUCACCGAAGAGGAGGCGGAAGAAUUUUUGAGAAAAAUGACGGUGCAUGAUUACUCCAUCGUGGAACAAUUGAGGAAGACCCCCGCUCAGAUUUCUCUUCUAUCAUUGUUGAUACAUUCAGAAGAGCACCGCCGGGCCCUCAUGAAAAUUCUGAAUGAAGCUCAUGUCCUUGAUAAGAUCACGGUUAACCAUUUGGAGAAGAUUGCCAACAAGAUAUUCGAGGCAAACAGGAUCACCUUCUCGGAUGAUGAGCUGCCUUUGGAGGGUACGGAACACAAUCGGGCUCUUUAUCUCACAGUGAAAUGCAAAGAUUCUGUGGUCACGAGGGUGCUAGUUGACAAUGGUUCCAGUGACAACAUAUGCCCUCUCUCCACUCUGUACAAGUUGAAAAUUGAUACUGAAAGGAUCCACAAGAACAAUAUAUGUGUCCGAGGUUUUGACAGAGGGGGAAAAGAUUCUGUUAGCGAUAUCGUGCUCGAACUGACAAUAGGACCAGUUGAAUUUACCAUGGAAUUCCAGGUACUAGAUGUGGCCGUCUCCUACAAUUUGCUAUUGGGUAGGCCCUGGAUACAUGUUGCCAAGGCAGUCCCGUCUUCUCUGCACCAGAUGGUAAAGUUUGAGUGGGAUAGACAGGAAAUCGUUGUGCAUGGUGAUGAAAACCUAUGUGCUUACAAUGAUACAUCUAUCCCGUUUAUUAAGGCCGAAGACGAUAAGGGGCCUCGAGUCUACCAAGUUUCCGAAAAAGUGCCAGUUGAGAAGAUUCCGGAGGGGGAGUGUAUUCCAGGUCUAAAUUUAGCCUCCUCAUCCGUCAUGGUAGCAACUGAAAGUGAAGCUUAA